CUGGGCCUAAGAGUUUUAAAUGCUUAUCUAAAAGUUCAAGAAAGAAUUACAGGAGAUUCAGCCAUUAAUAAUUAAGUAAGAGUUUAAAUCUUAGCCUCUGAUUCAAUCUGAAAAUAUUUUAUAAGAUUAGCUUAAUCCCAAUUAGAAAUGGUAAUUCUCUUAAUAACUGACAUUCUCAACAACUUAUAAGCAUAGUAGUUAUUCAGUAACUUAGAAAGGAAAAGUUAUUGAGAAUAAUUCAGCAGAUGGUUUUUUUUAUUGUGGUAUGUGUGAUUAAAUGAUUCCUAAGACUGGUGUGAUCUAAUUUGCUGUUAAAAUUAUUUAACUUUUUUAUAUUAUGAUUGGAAUUGGUUUUAGGGAUAUUGUGAAGAAUUACAAAUAUGAGAGUUGUUUUAAUGUUGGAGGAGGGUAUAUUGAUGAUAUUAAUAGUUCAAAAAAGAACAUAUAAUAUAGCAAAUGGUGGUUAAUGUUAUAAUCAUGAUUAACCAGAUAAAAAUAGUAAAUAUAUAUCAUUUAAAUUUUCAACUAAUGAUAUCCUAAUAGUUGAAGUGGAUAUUGAAAAGAAGUACGUGAAAUGGACAAAGUAAUCCAUAAAUGAAUCAUUCGUAUCAAUAUCUAUUUAUUAUUAAACUGUCACUAUUGAUACAUCCAAAGAUUUGUAUCCAUGAGUACAUUUUUUAGUAAAUCUAAAGUAGAG